GCGCAGCGGGGGCGCGAAGGGUGCCGCCGCCGCCGCCGCCUCCUCCACCGCCGCCGCAGCCUGGGCCUGAAACAAGAUGGCGGCCCCGGGCGAGUACUUCAGUGUGGGCAGCCAGGUGUCGUGCCAGACUUGCCAGGAGCAGCGGCUGCAGGGCGAGGUGGUGGCCUUCGACUACACCAGCAAGAUGCUGGCGCUCAAAUGCCCUUCUUCAAGUGGCAAACCUAACCACGCAGAUAUCUUGCUUAUAAACUUACAGUACGUUUCAGAUGUGAAAAUAAUUAAUGACCGUACAGAAACCCCCCCACCUUUAGCUUCUCUCAAUGUUAGCAAGCUUGCGAACAAAGCACGUAUGGAGAAGGAAGAAAAGCUGAGCCAGGCAUAUGCAAUUAGUGCUGGGGUCUCGUUGGAAGGACAGCAGCUUUUCCAGACUAUACACAAGACUAUUAAAGAUUGUAAAUGGCAAGAGAAGAAUAUAGUCGUGAUGGAAGAAGUUGUCAUUGCCCCUCCAUACCAAGUGGAAAACUGUAAAGGCAAAGAGGGGAGUGCCCUAAGUCAUGUACGCAAAAUAGUCGAGAAACAUUUUAGAGAUGUCGAAAGCCAAAAGGUGAUGCAGCGUUCACAAGUCCAGCCAACACAGAAGGAAAGCGCCCUCUCGUCCUGAGUCCCACCUGCCCUUCCUGGUUGCUACAGAUUGCUCCUGCGGGGGGUGGGGGUGGGGGGAGCCCUUCGAACACGCAGCAGCAGAUGACACAGACUUCUUCAAAAUGAGGUUGGGGGAGGGCAGGGGGGGUCCACUUCUAUUUUGUGGCGGCCCUGUAAUGAUGGGACCCACAGCUUCUGAACUUUAGACUUCAAAAAACAAGAGAAUAAUUUAAAAACUCAUUCAUUACUUGACUAACAGACUCUUUACUUUUUUGCCCACCUGGUUCCCCCCCCCCACAAACCCUAGAACAGUCAGCUGUCUUGUAUUUGAGAUUUUUCUCCCUCCCAGGUCAUUUUUUUU